AUGGUUAGCAUCACGCAUAAGGCCACCGUGGUGGCGACUGUGUGGGACUUUAAAAAGACCAUUUAUGAGCACUGGCUUGACAGGCUCGCCAAGGUGCAUGCUGACAUAUCCACCAGGGCAAGGGGGGCUAAGAGCAUCAUUAACUUCUCCAUCUUAUUCCCCCAAGGCCAGCUGUCGGCGGCAUUUGUGGACAAGCUGGCCUUGCUGAUUCAAGAAAUCAUCAAACUCAGCACUAUAUUUAUCAUAGGCUCCAGAAACAACAAAGGCUCGCCCAGCGGCUUUCCAGUGCUUUUCAGAAACCCCAACGACCGCAACUAUAUCCCAGAGCUCAUCAUCAUUAGCUACGCGCCUGGUUUCUUCCUGCGGUUGGCCACCUCUGGCCCGACUAACUCAAGGGACCCUGGGUACCAAACCGCCAGUGGGACAUCGUACGCCUCCGCAACGGUCGCCAGUCUGGCAGCGUAUUUCAGCGGCCUUGAUUCCACCUUGACCACCGCCGCCAUGGUGAAGGAGAGGAUUGUGGAUCUUGCAUACCACCGGCAGCCGCACCCCAAUUACCCCGAUGUGCCCUACGAUAAGUAUGCCGACAAUGUGGUCUGGAAGGGUCAGAAGGGGGCCGAUCCAAUCGGCGGUUCCAAAGCAAAGCGGCAGAGCAGCUGCGGGUCCUGCCCCGUCGCGUUCCCGUCCCAGCCGUCGCCCCUGACCUUCCGCACCGGCCCGCCUCAGCCAACUUGCGCCGGCGCUGGCUGUGGCAGCAGCUGCGCGGGUUUCUUCUGCCCUGGCACCCCACUGAAGCAGAAUCCGGACUUCCUGGACCCGCGCAACCAGGACAGCGUGCAGAACCCGGACAGCCCCUACUACAAGGACUGGGACGGCACCAUCACUCGCACCACCACCACUACCCCUACCAAAACCAUCCCCACCACCACUCCAACGCCUCCCAAAACCUCGAGCGUCCCAAUCGGAGGCCCCUGCCGUCUUACUGACGAAUGCGAGGAUAACUGCCCCAAGCCCGGGGCCGUUCACUGCGAGUCCGGAGCGUGCACUUGCUGGCCCCCCCCUCCCAAAACCACCCCACCUUAUGCGGCGAUGUGCGAUAACGUCCCGAUGUGCUUGGAAGCUUAUGACUGUGGGCCUGGGGCCUUCAUGGUGUGUGAGCCAACGGACUAUUCCAACGGGAAUGGGCUCUGUCAAUGUAUAAAGGGAAUCCCAGUUGAGAUAGGCAACGCCGUAUGGCACGGCGCGGAGUGCGGUGUGCAUGAAAUGUACCUGAUCGUACCGAGUAGUUAG